AUGGCGAACUUAUCAAAUGAGCUGGUUCAGUACAGGGGGCUCUUCCUGUUUAUUCUUGUGCUGGGCAUUGGAGGCACAUUUCAGUACGGCUUCAACAUUUCCGUAAUGAAUGCCCAUUCUCCGUUCAUGAAAGCCUUCAUCAACCAGACAUGGAUAAGAAGGUACGCAACACCAAUCCCACCGGAAACACUGACCCUGAUUUGGUCCUUUGUGGUGUCUGUUUUCAGCAUUGGUGGACUGAUUGGAUCUACUGCUUCUGGAUACUUUAUAGGGAAAUUUGGGAAGAAGAAGUGUCUGCUGUAUAACUGCCUACUGCCACUGGCCAGUGCUUUGCUUGUGGGAUUGAGCCGUACAGUCAACAGCAUUGAAAUGAUCAUGGUUGGACGCUUCCUUUGUGGCUUUUAUUCAGGUUUGGGAAUUAAUGUCCAUGCACAGUUUGCUGGAGAUAUCGCACCCCGCAAACUACGUGGAUUCAUCAAUGCCACUGGCCCCUUGUUUGUAACUCUGGGCAAACUAUUUGGGCAGAUUGUUGGACUCAGGGAGCUUCUGGGCGCAGAGGAAAUGUGGCCUUAUCUAAUGUCUGCAAGUGCCAUCCCUGCACUCAUCCAGUUAGCAACACUUCCCUUCUUUCCAGAAUCUCCUCGGUACCUCCUUAUUGACAAGAGUGACAAAGACGGCUGUCUUAAAGCUAUGAAAAAGUACUGGGGGAAUCACAACUACCAAGCAGAGAUUGACAACAUGCUGUCAGAAAAAGAAAUCUGUAGGACAACAAAGACCAUGAAUGUGCUGGAACUUGUACGCGAUCGCUCAAUGCGAUGGCAGCUCUAUGUUGUGAUCUGUAUUAGCCUCGCUCUCCAGCUUUCUGGGAUCAAUGCAAUCUAUUAUUAUGCAAACAGUGUGUUUGUUACAGCUGGCCUGCCUGUGGAGCAGAUCCCCUAUAUGUCUCUGGGCAUGGGGAGCUGUGAGGUUCUGUCUUCAAUGUUAUGCACUAUACUAAUUGAGCGUUGUGGAAGAAAGACUCUCUUACUGGGCAGUUAUGGACUUAUGGGUGUAAUGCUGGCUCUCCUCACUGUCACGUUGUCUCUUCAGGGAUGGUAUAGCUGGAUCCCAUACUGCAGUGCUGUCCUUAUUUUCCUUUACACUUUGUUCUUUGGUGUAGGACCAGGGGCCGUCACACUAUCUGUGGUUAUAGAAAUGUGCAGUCACUCAUCUCGCCCUGCAGUAUUUGUUAUUAUCAGUAGCCUCAACUGGAUCGGCAUGUAUGUCAUUGGAGUGGCAUUCCCUUAUGUAGUGGCCAGCCUGAAUCAAUUCUGCUUCCUCAUCUUCCUUACCUGUAUUUUAGUGUCUGGGAUAUUCCUGUUUGUCUUCCUCCCAGAGACAAAAGGGAAAUCGUUACAGCAAAUUACAGAAGAAUUUAAUCGAUUCAACUUCAGAGAAAAAAACUCCAAGGACACAGCUGAAAUUUCUGAAAAGAUAGAAACUAGUGUGUGAUCCAUGUCAUUCCAGAUUUUCUUUUAUAUAACUCUGCAUCUGAGAUGGAUGAGCAGAGGAACGUGUGUAGGAAUGCAUUUUUCUUGUGAUUUAUGUCAACAUUGCACAAUAGAAAUAUUGCACUGGGAAAAAUAGUAACAA